UGGGCCAGCGAACUUGGCAUUCUUAAUAAAAGCUGGCCCAUUUUAAUAACUACGUUUAAAAAGGUUCCCCCAGGGACAAACGGAGGUGUAUCUCCGUUAGGUUUAUUCGCUUCUGUUUUGGGUG